CCGCACUCUGAGCCGGCGGAUGCGUCACGUGACUCACAUAGACAUGGCUGACUCCUGAGUCUUCUGCACAUAGAACAGCACAGGUUUUUUCCGUUGACAAGAUGCUACAUCGCCGUGGAGAACACGAAGGCACGGUCAGUCCUUACAUCCCGCUGGGUGUCCUCUACCUGGUCCAAGGUUUCCCCUACGGCCUCCAGUCUGGUCUCCUUCCUGUUCUUCUCCGCACUCAGGGCCUCUCCCUGUCUCACAUUGGCCUAACAAGGGUCUUGUACCUGCCGUGGCUGCUGAAGGUGCUGUGGUCUCCAUUGGUGGAUGGUCUAUGGAGCCGUGAGACUUGGCUCUUGCUGAGUACCGGAGGUCUAUGUUUCUGCUGCCUUCUCUGCUCCCUGCUCCCACCUGGAUCUGCCUUUCAGUGCCUAGCCUGGCUUCUCCUGCUCAUGCACGUCCUUGCCUCAGUGCAGGACGUGGCGUUAGAUGCUGUGUCCGUGGCGGUGCUGACCCAGGAUCAGGUGGGACUUGGUAAUUCUCUCCAAGUUGUGGCAUACAAGCUGGGAUCAGUGCUGGCAGGAGGUGGCGCUCUCACCUUGCUGGAUGCUCUGGGCUGGAGAAUGGUCUUCUUGUUUCUUGCGAUGGGAUACUUGAUGGCCAUGCUGUGUGUUUCCUGGGCAAGAGCCUUUAAAGGAGAAGUGUUAGGACAUCGAGGGAACACGAAGGACUCCCUGGGCAGACCGAGUCACAGAGAUGUUGUGUGGAAAGUUCUACAAGUCCCAGGGACAACUUGGACCAUUGUGUAUGUGCUAAUCUACAAACUGGGUGAGCAGGGGUCUCUCAGUAUGGUUCCUCUGUUGCUGCUUGAUCAGGGGGUCUCCCCAUCUGAGCUGGGAUUCUGGAACGGGAUCCUUUCCUUGACUGUCUCCAUUGCUGGAUCUGCUUUUGGAGGCGUGCUACUAGGGAAGGGCCGGUCAAUUCAGCCAUUUCUGAGGGCUCUGCUCAGUUUCCGGGUUUCUGGCCUCGUGUUUCAGACCUUACUGCUGUCUGUACUAGGCAGAGAUACAAGUAUUGUGAAAGUGUGCCUACUCCUCUCCCUGGUGCUGCAGAAUUUCCUGGCGGGUAUUAUUACCACUGUGACCUUUACUCUCAUGAUGCACUGCACUCGCCAAGCUGAGCAGGGAAUACAGGCCACCCACUACAGUCUCCUUUCUUCUCUGGAGGUUCUGGGGAAAGUAUGUUUUGCUGCUGUUUCGGGGAUCCUGGUGGACUCUUUAGGUGUCUCCCCGACCUUCUGCUUGUUUAUUUUUCUGUCCUUCCUGCCACUCCUUCACCUACAGAGACUCUCACCUACCUUCAGCUGAGAGACGCAGGACAAUGACUGAUGGAACCACCCAUCUCCAGCUGGGAAACGCAUGACAAUGACUGAUGGAACCACCCGCCUCCAGCUGAGAACCGCAGGAUAAUGUCUGAUGGAUCCACCUACCUUCAGCUGAGAACCGCAGGACAAUGUCUGAUGGAUCCACCCACCUUCAGCUGAGAGAUGCAGGACAAUGUCUGAUGGAUCCACCCACCUUCAGCUGAGAGACGCAGGACAAUGUCUGAUGGAUCCAUCCACCUCCAGCUGAGAGACGCAGGACAAUGUCUGAUGGAUACACCUACCUUCAGCUGAGAGAUGCAGGACAAUGUCUAAUGGAUCCACCUACCUUCAGCUGAGAGACGCAGGACAAUGUCUGAUAGAACCACCCGCCUCCAGCUGAGAGACGCAGGACAAUGUCUAAUGGAUCUACCUACCUUCAGCUGAGAGACGCAGGACAAUGUCUAAUGGAUCUACCUACCUUCAGCUGAGAGACGCAAGACAAUGUCUGAUGGAUCCAUCCACUUCCAGCUGAGAGACACAGGACAAUGACUAUUGGAUCCAUCCACUUCCAGCUGAGAGAUGCAGGACAAUGUCUGAUGGAUCCACCCACCUUCAGCUGAGAGACGCAGGACAAUGACUAUUGGAUCCAUCCACUUCCAGCUGAGAGAUGCAGGACAAUGUCUGAUGGAUACACCUACCUUCAGCUGAGAGACGCAAGACAAUGUCUGAUGGAUCCAUCCACUUCCAGCUGAGAGACACAGGACAAUGACUAUUGGAUCCAUCCACUUCCAGCUGAGAGAUGCAGGACAAUGUCUGAUGGAUCCAUCCACCUCCAGCUGAGAGACGCAGGACAAUGUCUGAUGGAUACACCUACCUUCAGCUGAGAGACGCAGGACAAUGUCUAAUGGAUCCACCUACCUUCAGCUGAGAGACGCAUGACAAUGUCUGAUAGAACCACCCGCCUCCAGCUGAGAGACGCAGGACAAUGUCUAAUGGAUCCACCUACCUUCAGCUGAGAGAUGCAGGACAAUGUCUGAUGGAUCCACCUACCUUCAGCUGAGAGACGCAAGACAAUGUCUGAUGGAUCCAUCCACUUCCAGCUGAGAGACACAGGACAAUGACUAUUGGAUCCAUCCACUUCCAGCUGAGAGACGCAGGACAAUGUCUGAUGGAUCCACCCAACUUCAGCUGAGAAACGCAGGACAAUGUCUGAUGGAUCCACCUACCUUCAGCUGAGAGACGCAGGACAAUGUCUGAUGGAUCCACCUACCUUCAGCUGAGAGAUCCAGGACAAUGUCUGAUGGAUCCAUCCACCUUCAGUUGAGAGAUCCAGGACAAUGUCUGAUGGAUCCAUCCACCUCCAGCUGAGAGAUCCAGGACAAUGUCUGAUGGAUCCAUCCACCUCCAGCUGAGAGACACAGGACAGUGUCUGAUGGAUCCACCCAACUUCAGCUGAGAAAUGCAGGACAAUGUCUGAUGGAUCCACCUACCUUCAGCUGAGAGACACAGGACAAUGUCUGAUGGAUCCACCCAACUUCAGCUGAGAAACGCAGGACAAUGUCUGAUGGAUCCAUCCACCUCCAGCUGAGAGACACAGGACAAUGUCUGAUGGAUCCACCCAACUUCAGCUGAGAAAUGCAGGACAAUGUCUGAUGGAUACACCUACCUUCAGCUGAGAGACACAGGACAAUGUCUGAUGGAUCCACCCAACUUCAGCUGAGAAACGCAGGACAAUGUCUGAUGGAUACACCUACCUUCAGCUGAAAGACGCAGGACAAUGUCUGAUGGAUCCAUCCACCUUCAGUUGAGAGAUCCAGGACAUUAACUGGAAAUCUUACAUUGACAAACCUUUUAUAAUGAACAUUUGUAUUUGGACUCUUCAGUCAUACCGAUUCCUCUCUAAUACUCUGUGUAGGAGUAAAAAUAAUUUUUCUUUGAAAA